GAUUGAUCGAUAAAUGUUUCAUUUCAUUUUAGUACACGCAUUGGCGGCACCUGCAUUCAUAAUUAAAAAUUCGUCCUUCAGCUAUAGAAAUAUAAUUGCAUCUCCAUUUUUCGUCUUGCGAGUGAACCAAACAUAAAGAUCAAAUGGGUAGCUCCAGUGUUCCAGAGCACCGUCGGCAGCUUGUCGCCGCCGUGGCUCUCAUCCUCGCCGUCGCGGCCGCCGUGGCGCCGCUGGGCGAGGCGCGUCGGCAGGCGGUGCGGCUGCGGGUGUACAUGCACGACAUCGUGGGCGGGGCGGGGCAGACGUCGGUGGUGGUGGUGAAGGGGCCGGGGCCGGCGAACCCGUCCAUGUCGCCGGGGAACAACUUCGGGGACACGGUGAUCAUCGACGACGUGGUGACGGAGGGCCCAAGCCUGGCGUCCAGGGAGGUUGGGCGGGCGCAGGGGACGUACAUGCUGGCGUCCAUGGCGAGGCCGGUGUUCAUCGUCGACAUCACGGUGGUACUCACCGACGGGCCAUACAACGGGAGCACCAUCCUCAUCGCCGGCCGCGACGACACCUCCGAGGAGGUCAGGGAGCUGGCGGUGGUCGGCGGCAGCGGGAUGCUCCGGCGAGCGUCCGGGCACGUGCUGUGGAGGACGGCCAAGGUGGAGUCCAAGCUGCACGCCGUGCUGGAGCUCGACGUGCACGCCUCGGUGCCUGCUGCUGCUGUUGCUCCUAGUGGUAGUGGUAGCCAUGGCCACCCAUUUUUGGUGACCUCUGCCUCAGAGUAGACCACUCACAAACUACCAGUUAGGUGUGCAAUUAUCCUUUUGUCCUUUUUUUUUCUGAAAUUAUCUGCAAUAUCUUUUUUUCUGGACAAUGAAUUGCACACAAUAAUCAACAUCGUUCAUAUAUAUACUGUGCCACCACGAUCAUCAAUUUCAAUUAAUCACUUGUUGUUGA